CAGCACCUCCGCCAGCUCCGCCGGCAGCUCCAGCGGCAGCACCAUGGACCUCUCCUUCAUGGCCGCGCAGCUUCCUGUUAUGGGAGGAGCCUUUAUGGACUCACCCAACGAGGACUUUAGUACAGAGUACUCCUUGUUUAACUCAUCAGCCAACGUCCAUGCAGCUUCUUCCAUGCAGAAUCCACCAGAAGAGACAUCCCGUUCUUCAAAUGAUGCCAUAUUGCUAUGGAUUGCAAUAAUAGCAACAAUUGGAAAUAUUGUGGUUGUGGGAGUGGUCUAUGCCUUCACCUUUUAGGAUGACUGUCACUCCAAACACUGGAAGAGAGGAUAACUGCAACAAUAUUUGUCAUGUGUAUGUAUGUGUGUAUAUAUAUGUGUAUAUCUAUAUAAAUACAUAUGGAUAGGGACUUUGUUGAUUACAUGCUGCCACAAUCAUGAAAGUGAAAUGCAAGUUAAUAAUGUCAGAUCUUGAUGGCAGAAAGUUUGGAUGCAAUUGCAAAUCGUAUGGAGGUGAGAGCUUUAAUUGGGAACAGAGGCAAUACCAGUUUUGUAUAGAGGUGUAAUAAAAGAGAGACCAAUGUGGGUAUAGUAAACAUAAAGAGAAAGCAAGAUCUAUAUAGAAAGAGCUUAUUUUCUACUGUUUAGAUUUUUCUAGCAGCUCUUCUGCAUUUUGUCAGCUUUUUUUGUGUAUUUUUUACUGUGGUAUAAUGUAUGAAGUUGUUCUAUGUCAUGUUUUCUGGACAUCUUAGUUUUCCAGAUGGACUAAGUGGUCGGCAUUGGCUCAGUUCUGAUGAAGUACAAGUUCCUCGUGUGUGAGUCUUGAGCAGGUGCAUACACUAGCCUAUCUUCAAAAGUCUUAAAGCUGUGAUGGGCAGAUACACACUAUCUAACAGUUGCCUUCCAGUAUCAGUUACUGGAUCUGGUAAUCUACGAAUUGAUGCUAAGCCUGUCUGCAGGAAGAGGCACAGCUAUUGCUAGGGGUGGGUGAUCUGCAGUCCUUCUACACAUCAGAGUGGGACAUGUUAAACCUCGUGUUUCUGUCUAGAGAUACUGGAUUGCAGCAACAACAGUGGUUUGAGAAUGUGUCCCUUACAGGAAACAAAGGCCAAAUACCCUGUUUUUCAGCUCAUUUCACUGUAAUCCAGAUUUCCCACAGCAGCUCAUGUACUUUCAUAAGCUUAUUGCUGUAUCAAAACAGUGUGGGGAAACUGCAAAGCCUAGUUAACAGAGAAUGAUGUCUGUAAGAAAAAAAGAAUUGCAAGAAAGGUUGGACACUUCUGUGCUCACAAGGGAGUGAAUGCAAGAGUCAGGUAUGUCCUGGGGUAGAAACAGCACAAAAAAAAAGGUGUUAAGCGACAGAUAUAUAAGUGGUUAUAUUUCAGUAUUAAUAUGUCUCUGGGUUCUGAUGAGGCUCCUACAAGUGAUUUUUAUCUAGCCUGUUUUAGGUAACAGCUCUAAGUAUAAUUUGGAUUUUUUCUGUUCAGGGACAAAGUUUUCAUUGCAUUGUUUUCAUGAGCAGUUCCUUUUCAAGAGCUGCAUCUUUUCAAAACAUGUAGCCUUCCUUGUUUCAGAGAUUAUAAAAUCUUGAUGGAAGAAAAAAAACAGUCACCCCUGUUGGAAAUCUGCCUCUUACCCAUUAAAACAUAAACACAAAUAGAUAAAGAAUGCACUCUCAGAGUGCAGACACAUUCUUCACCUAAGUCUGCAUGUACUGUGUAAGUUUUUCUGUCUCAUAUAGCUACUAUCUGAAUUCCAGAAACCUUGUCUGCAGGUACAGGGACUAUUUUUGACACUUGCCUGCCACUGAGCUUGAGGCUGAACUAAGAGCUGCUGAAUUCAUACAGAGGUUUGAAUUUUCUUCUUUCUUCUCUAAAGAUUUUCCUGCAGGGCUGGUGGUCAGUUAUUUGAAUCAAAGCAGCAUGCCCCAAAUCAGUGUUGGUAACCACUCAAUAGUUGCUGUGUAUAUUUUUUUUUCGCUGUGAACUGGCGUUUACAGUUGGGAAAGAUGAAAACAGAGCUAGCAGGGGGUAGAAAAGAAACUAAGUAAUUCUGAAGAUAAGAAAAGCAAUGACAAUUCAUAACUGAGCUUCUGUGUGUGUAAUUAUUUCCCUGUUUGGUGGCAGGAUUUUGUGAAGAUGGUUGAGGAGAGAUGAGAUCUUCUCUGAUGAGAAGCCCAGUUCUGGAAGAUUAGUGGGACAGAAAGCAAAUUCUGACUAAUAAAAUAACUGUAAUAUUAAAAAUGGUACUAAAAUUAUGAUUUUUUUUGCUGGCCUAAAAUAGCUCUUUGUUCCUUUAGUGGCAGAGGAUAAUAAAAAACAGGUGAGCUGCAUAAAUUGUGUAACUUUCCUGUUCUUACACUCCUCCUUAUUCUCGCUGAGCAGAAAUAAGCUGUUCAGUAAGGCUGGAAGGCUGCAGAGAUGCUUCUGGUGCAGAACUGCACAGGACAAUAUCUGGUGUACAAACAUAGGACCCAUGGAAAUAUGCUUAACGUGGUGUUUUGUUCCCAACCAUCUUCUGAUGUUCCGUUGCCUUUGUAAUUGUAUCAAUUACUCCUGGACUUUCCUCAGUGUUUCUGUGGGCUCUCUAGCUAUGCCAGAUCUUGCAAUCACUCUUUUUGCUUGAAGAGCAAAACAUUCCCACUAUGGUUAAAACCAUGAUGAUUGCCCAGUGGGAUUAUUCUGCUGCUUAAUGAAUUUGCCAGCCAUGUGCUUUGUUUAAAUUUCCUAGAAUAAUAAUCUAACUGCAAUUUGCAAUGUUUGUGUUUCUCUCCCAAGCACCGAGCUUAAUUCUUCACCCAUUAAGAGUUUCAGAGUAAGGACAACAAAGAAGAACCACUCUGCUGAUGAAACCAAGUUACACUUUUGUGUUGUUUUUCCCAAAGAAAGCACCCUGCUUUCAUAUGAAGUUGAUUGUAAUAGCAGGAGUGUUGGAUAACAGUGACUUCUGCCUCCCUCAUCCAGAUCAUAUGUAUUUUCAUCAUUAGAGUCUGAGUUGUCAGGAAGGGCCAGACAGAACUUUAAUUAAAGUGACUGGCUUGACCGGGUGGCAUGGAAAACUGCGUGCAGGCAGCGAGUGCAGGCAUUCAUUCCCUGUGUCAGAGUUACACUGCAUAGCAACUGUGCAGCUUUUCUGAUGAGAAAAAAAAAUAGUUUUAGGAUGCAGGUACAAGGUUUCUGCAUGCGAGAGUCUGUACAGCAUAUUGUCAGCUGUAUAAAGAUCCCUAAAUUUCAAUGGGCAGAGCUAGUUCAAACUCUGAUCUACUUUGAUAGUGGUGACAUGCACAGUAUCUUUCUGGAUGUUGUGUUCUGGCUUCAUCCAUUAUGACCAUUUCCAUCUUCUGGGUGGUUAGGAAAGGUUUAAAUUCAACCAUUGAAGAAGAGGACUUAUCCAUCAUUAAGUUCAGAGAAGCCACAGCUGGGAGUGGAGAAAUGGAUAAAUGGUGGAUGUUUCACAGCUACAGUGUUGUGAAAUGUGGUACCACUUAUGUAUGUACGUGUUAUACCCUGAACUGUCAGUGCAGCUUGACUUUGAGCACUGUAGUUUCUCCUUUCCUUGGAGCCAGGCAGUUGGAUUACUGCUUUCACUCACUGAAGGGUGACCAGGAAGCCCAAACACGUUCCCCAGAGCUAUUCUCUGAAGCUUUUCUGUAAAAGUAGAAGAGGGCUUUGUACUCUCCUGAGCACUUCUGUAUCAGCAUGAGAGCAGGAUUCCACUUACAGAAGAUCUGUGCUUUAAAUAAAUGCAUCUAGCACAGAUAAGUUACAAGAUCCUGACUGGAGUUUACUCUGUAGUAGACAAAGCAGAACACUUUCUAUAUGUAGUGUUAGAUCCGUAACUGUAGGGUAAACAUCAUUGUACAAACACAAGAUGUGAUGCUGUACGUGCUCUGCAAAGUUAUUAAUGAGCAGGUAGACAAACUAAAUAUGUUUCUCUUCUAGCCAUGGCCUCUAGGGAUCAACAGCAACAUAUCAAUUGAACUGUCUCUUAAGGUUCUUUUUUGUUCUAAGCAGCCAGCAGCUCGACGUGACAGUUGUUUAGCCACCACAGCAGAGACUAAAGGCUGAACAGUUAUGGAAGUGGAUAAAAAUGCACAUUAGGUAGGAGAACUGAGUGGGGAAGCCCACACAGAUACUCCUGUUAAAAUUUUAUCUGCAAGGCUAGGAGUCUGUGCUUGUCCACAACAUUAACAUCCUCUGAAAAGAAAAUGAGGGAGAAAGCAUGUGUAUUUCUGCAUCAACACACUUGGAAACCUGAACAACAGAUUUGAAACUGAUGCAACAAGAAUAGCAGAGAGACUCGUCUGCUGCAAAUAAUGUAUUUAGCCAUUUGAGUGGGAAAGUGAGCUCAUAGGUAUCGCAGAAGUUAUGAAAUCCCCUCUUUACAAUUCUUGCUUGCAGUGGCACUUGAGGGCAGUCAGCAUUCCACCAAAUUGCUGAGCAGCCUGUACUAACAAAUCCCAAAUUCAGAGUUAAUAGAAGCAGCCAGCCAUUAUAGUCUUAUCCGGUACAUCCAUUUGAAGAGAAAGGAAAAAUGUGCCUUUGUGUCUGGGACCAAGCAAAACCAGGAGUCCUUAGUCAGUAGGCUAUGAAGUAUUUUGUCUGUUAUUAUAAGCUUUCUUUUUGCUAUUCUCAAGCAAUUCCAGUUGUUAAUAUCCUCUUCACAUUUCUCUGCAGGCUGCUGAGAGUUAUUAAUUUCACAUAGCUCCCUCCAUUUAUCCAGUGCAAUUUUGCUGGGAUUCCUGUGGCUAAUCACAGAGCAGAAUCGAGAAAAUUAUUCUUUUUAAUGGUGAUUUCCAUUACUGAGAGAAAUAGACAAAAAAUCAGAGUCUCAGAUCAAAAUGCUUCUGUGCUUUUUGAGCAUUCAGAGCCCUGGAGAAUUGUAUUUCAUCUGGUUAUAUGCAGAAGGGAAAAGGGCAGUCAGGUCCCUGCUGAUAAUGUCAGACAUGAGGGCUGUGACAGGCAGAGCUGAGCACUUCAUUAGCUCCUGCUCUAUCCCUCUGAGCCCUGCUCCCUUUCUGGAACCUCAGCCGGGGAUGAGUUAAGUGAACUAACCAUAAGGUACAGCAUGUCCCUGCUCGUCGUACAGCUUGCUAGUCCUCAGGGAAACAAGUGCAUUUAUUCUGUUCACAGAAGAAGAGACAAAGAUCAAUGUUCUGGGUGUAGCAUUAUAGGUAUCCACAUUCUACUGUAAGAUAAAGAUGGGGAUGUUUUAACAUGCAGUUUGUCCUUUGCCCCUGACCUGUGAACAUACUAAAGAAAGCACAGAAUUACAGAACCACAGAAUCAUCAUGGUUGGAAAAGGCCUCUAAGAAGAAAGCAUCCUGAGGCCUUAAAGUUUCCUACUGCCCUUGAUCUGACACUCGCCUUUUGUGUUUUCUCAUGCAGCCCCUCUUUGCCUUUUACUUUGUCUUUCCAACUUGAAACAGUGAAAAUGAAGUCAUCACAAUCCUGUUCUCUGGACAUGUACAGAAGUCCCAACAGCAUGUAGGGAAGCCCUAACAGCUAAGGAAUAACUCUGUCUCAUUUUAGUUUUGGCCCUUCAGGCACAAAGAAGGAGGAAAGUGUCCAAUUAUCUACCCAGCAGUCUCCAAGGAAAUAUGUGCCUUUGCUGAACAAAAUACUUGGCAAUUUUAUCUCAUUCUGGCCUGUACCAGAGUAUGUACACCAAGACAACAUGACCAGAUCUCUUGCUGUAACCUGUUUUAGGAAUUACAGCAACAGAGCUGGGAACUGGAAAAGAAAACAAUCCUGAUAGCACAAACCUGUCACAUGUUGAAUCAUCUCAAUGCCUCUGAAGGCAGGUUUGCCUGAGUGUCGUAAGCAGACUUGAUCUGUUGGUAUGAAGGCAAAUGCCCUUUUGUAUGAGCACAAGUGGUGUCUCCAUCUUUUUGGGAAGUCUUGGGAGAAUUGUGUCACCCAUUUUGUUUUUCCUGUGUAGGCUGCUAGUGAAAAGAUAUUUUUCAGUUGUAGAAAAUACUAAAAAAACUUCCCAUGUUGGUAGAAUACAUGCAAGAUUUACCUUCCAAAGCUCUGCUUAGUCUCCCUGCAAGAACAAAAAACCCUAGGUUUCUUAAGCAUGGAAUGUUAAUCAGUGAAUUAUCAUCUGUACAGUAACAUUACUUCAUUUUAAUGAAGUGCUUUAUGGCAGUAGGACUUAAAGGGGAUCUUACUGUUAUGCAGAUUUUAAAAAGGCUGAGGACAGACAAGUAACUUCUCAAGAAUGUCUCAGAAGUCACCACCUGGUCCUCAUUCCUCCCUAAAGUACCCUGAUGUGAACUCACAUUCACCCCUUUAAACACCUUGUCACCACCGUGUGUCUCUAUGUCUUCAUUUUAUUUCUCCCCUUAUCUUCUCUGCAUUCUUUCCAUUCCCUGGUAUCAGAGCAUGUGAGCAUAUGGAAGCCAGCAAUGUUAAUCAGCCCUUCUUAAUCAUCUCCUUGACUGACCCUCACUGACAGUAAGGUCCCUGAUCAGUAAGGACUUAGCACAGUAAGUGCAAAGUUCAGUGAUAUAAAGUCUCCUUCUGUAUUAAGAUCUUGAUCAUUAUCUGCCUUAGCAAACUGCCAAGUUCUUCCCCCGAACAGAAGAGUAAGAUGUGGCCAUGAAGCUUGAUAACUGUGUUGUCAGUGAAUUUUAGAAAUUCAGAUUUUAUAAAUAUACUGCACUGUUCUGCAGCUGCAUUUGCUGCACUUUCCUCAACCCAUAUUUCUUAUUCUCAGCAAAUCAGAGUCAGUGGUAAUGAACCUGGGGUAGGGCAAGGGGAGUGAGAGUGCCAUACACAGGAGACUUAUAGGGUCAAGGCCAUCAAGCACUAGCCUAAUUCAGUGAACUACAAUGUGCUACACCAUGGGUAUUUCAAGUCUAGUCAUGGCUGGAGUUCUCAGAUGCAUGGCCAAGCUGCUAUAGCCAGAUUGUGCAUUUCUAAAUCUUGUGAACAAAAAAAGGUGUAUUCCUUGGCCAGAACAGAGAUUGCUGAACAGCCUCCCUCCCAGAUCCUGCUUGUUCUGGUAUUGUUUUGGGAGCUUCCUGAGCUGCAGUCACUAGGUGAUGUCACAUUUCCAGAGGAGCUCAGUCCCACUAAUGAGUGAAUAAGAUUGAACUGUUUACAGAUCUAGGCCUAAACUCUUUUCAAUUACUGCCUUCAUAUGGAUGAUGGAAGUUCCUGAGCCUGCAAGCUGCUCUAUCCAGAGGGACCUUUGCCUCCACCUGGAGUCAACUGGAUUAAUAACACUUUUACACUUCCGAAAUCUGCUUCAGUGAAUCAACUUGCAGGACUAGCUCUGGGUUGCCAGAGUUUUAUUUUAAAUAUAUCUAAAGAUGUCCAUAAUUUCCUAAUAAAAGAAAAAUUAAGUAUAACACUGUAUUUUUUUUAAUGAGAAGGUAAUUAAAAAUAUUCCUGAAUUAUUUUGGUAGAUAGAAGGGUAUAUAAUGUAGCAAACAGUUGCACUAUUUUUUCUAUUCUCUGAGCACCCAACCUGAGAAACAUUUGUUCUUUCCCCAGUAAAAACCUCUUUAAGUUACAAAAUUAUGACGUUUGGAAGGAGUGGAGUGCAAAGCCUUGAUGAAAUUUUAAACUAAUGUAAAUAAAUCCAGUAGCUAGCUUUGUGAGGUAGCCUAUAAUAUUAGUUUUCAGUUAUCUCAAAAUUGCCUAAUUGUUGUGUUAUUUCCCCAAAUAAUCUAAAUACUGGCAAUUCUGAAAGCAUUUGUACUUCACACAAAAUUGCAGUCAUGGAAAUAGCAUCCUUCAGUUCAUGAAAAACAGCUUCACAGGAGCCCUUUAGUAUGCACUGUUAUUUUUCUCAAUAAUCCUUGUCAGCCUAAAUCUCUUGUGCUUUUUCUCCUCUACCCUAUUUUGUACAUUAACAGGUUUGCAGGGUUUCUCUGUAUUGUUUUUGUAAUAUAUGGGUUGGUUUAAAGAAAAACCUUUACUCUUGUUAUAAUUGUUCUUGAAAUGUGAAUCUCCAUCUGUAAAGAGAAAAAAAACAAAACCAAAACCACUUUAAAUGUCCUCUGUUUUAUCUAAGUUUACUGUAAUAAUAAGUUCAGUUAAAAGAAAGGUAUUAUUUUAAGCUCUUGUUAAAUUAUUUUCCAGUUACUGACUGCUUUCAUGAUGUGUGUACUGGUUCAUUCUUUUACUAUGGUGAAAAUGACAACUUUUGUUAAUAUCAGAUGAAAACUGUGUUUCUGGAUAAAGUUCUUCAAAUUGAUGUCAGCAUAUGA